AUGCCUAAAGAGCUGCGUCAUCUCUAUCAGUCUGGGGCAUGGAGUCAACACAGAGUCUAUCUGUGGCCCCUUGUUCUCGAACAUGCACGCACUGGCCACCGUCUCGCUGCUCACGCGCAGUCAGAGCUUUCUUUUAUCUCGUACAAGCAAAAAAGUCCCAUGCCAGAAGGCGACGCUAUUGCUGAAGAGGCUGUGAAAGAGUCUGCUGCAGCAAAAGCUGUCUUCUCUUCGCGGAUGAGGAAAAUUUUUUCUGCCCGGUGGGCUGCCCGUGAUAGCAGAGAUCGACAUCUUUCGCGCACCUAUAUGCAAAAACGCAGGAGCUGGGUGACCUUACUGGAUGAGGCCGAAGAAAACAGAAGUUCUGCAGUUGUUGACGCCGCCAUCGCUAGAGACCGGCAGCUACUUGUUGCCACAAGGGCGACGUCGGGCAUGGGCGGCGGUAUGACGAACAGGGAAGUUGACCUCAUUUUCCAGGAGAUCGAAACAACGGGGGGAACAGCGGGAGGAUACGAACGGUGGAGUAGAAGUAUUACGAAGAUUCCGAACCAUAAUCCCGAUUACUUAAUGCCCGCUUGUGACGGCGGUGGUGUGUUGAUGCAGAAUCCGCUCGCAGAUCAUUACGCGGCACGAAAUGUCAAUCCCUGGACUGCAGAAGAGAGGCGCAUGUUUUUGGAGAAGUUUGUCAUGCACGGAAAGAACUUUCGCAAAAUCUCAGCCUUCUUCGAGCACAAAUCAAACGAAGAUGUUGUGAGAUUCUACUACGAUAACAAAAUGCGCAUGGGUUUGAAGCAGCUCUUGAAAGAAUCACAUCUGAGGAAGCGAGGGACGAGAAAGUUAGCUCUCACUGAGCUGGCAAAGCUGCCCACGGAGUCGCGGUCCAUAAAAGACAAUUUUAUUCACCAGCCUGGAUUCUUCGGUCCUGAUGAUAAUGAAGAGGAGGAGAAAGAGAAUGAAAGGGGUGAUGCAUUUUCCGAUGGUGCAGUAGCCCGGAGCUGGACUCCUCAAAACAGACAAGCUUUGAUUCAUGCCUUAUGUAGGUUUGACGUCGCCCAAGAGUGGAAGCCAAAUGUAAACACAGUGUCAACAGUGUGGGAAUCGAUAUCGGCCGCUGUAGGAAACAAAACACCAAAGCAGUGCCGGCACUUCUAUACCAAAUACAAAGACGUACUAGGACUUGGAAUCUACGCACCUCCCGCAUAUGACAAGUGGCAUCGAUCUCCAAAACGGAUCACUCCGGAUUCUAACUCAUCUGCGGAAGAGUCGCAACCACGAAAACAGCCAAAACUCAACAGUCUGUCAAGAAAGGCCAGCGCUCCUUUCCCGAGGUUAUCCAGAGAAUACCUCAACUACGGCGGUAAUACUAAUAGUAUUGGCAACGGCACGAAGAACGGAGAUGGCGCGAGCAUCCGGAGUGUAUAGGAAGAGAAUGAUGAAGUGAUCGGACUACGGCACAUUUGGGGAAUUUAUUGCCUUCGCAUUCAUUGAGUUGAUCCCUUGUGCUCCUCGAAGCGAGGAUCCACAGCCAUCCGGAACCUUCGCAACAUUUGCCGUCGACCGUCCUACGGCCGACAAUCAUGAAGGCUUCUGAUGGCAACGCAUUUAGGACAGGCCAGCGACUUACGCUGACGUACCCCGCAUCGGGAAUUGCCACUCCCCGUAUUGGUUUGGUGGAGCUUGCCGAUUCAUACCGCUUGAGAGUAGACGGAGAAAUUUGAAACAGCGGUUUGAACCAUCGUUCACCUUCGCUGAAUUUGAGGGUCUGAGCAGAAAAUGCAUUCUGCUGGCUCCAGUUACGCAACUGUCCCAGUCCCAAAGGCAUGAUAACGAAAUAUCUUUUCGAUCCCAAAGGUCCUAUGAACUUUGUCAUCAAGAGUCACAGAACCAGAGGGACUUGGAGGGCGAUCAUCGUUCCAAGGAAUAGUUAGAAAUUGGUGCACUAGUAUCCAAGGGGGUCCGCUAUCUUUGAGCAUGGAGCGUGUGCAUCGGCGAUGAUUUUAUUCACACGAUUUUUGGCGGAGGAGUCGUUCCGAGGUGGUUCCAAGCCGCCUUCAGUCUUUGAUAAACAUCAUGAGGCGAAGCACG